AUGGAGAUAUUUGGCCACCUCGAGUUUGACGUCUUUGCCAGCCCUGUUGUAUCCGCUGGCAAUUCCGCUGUUCGGUACGACGGCUACGCCAACUUCAAAGAAGGUACAACCAAUCACACAAUUGUGAUGGUGGACGGCAUUGCUUACUUCGUGACGCCGACCGCCGAUGGGACGGAGACUGCGGAGUGUUCGUCUUCAAGUUCGCUCGCUUUACUCAACUACAUCAUUCCAGCACUAAACGGAGCAACUGCCAUUUCUAGUGCGACGGUCGAAGAUAAGAAAAUAAACUGUUCAAGCGGAGAUCUGCUCAAGCUCACCCUGGGUGACGCUAUAUUCGUUCUUUGCGCAUCGGGCCCUGCCGGUUUUAUCGUCUACGGAAGUGACCUGGACAUCGAAGUCACGUACCUGGAUAGUCCGGUAUCCAUUUCGGCACCUAAACUUAGCGAAGAUGCAGCCCGUUCCUGUGAAACGAUAGUAAUGCCUUCAUCGGUAUCAGCGACAACACUAGCCUUGCUUACAGGCGAGCCCGUAUCAAAGAACUGGAACACGCAAGGCCUUGCCCGUUUUCUGGGCAACUACUUUAGUUAUGCACGCUAA